AUGCUAACGCCAAUCCACCUCCUGGCUCUCCCCCUCCUCUACCUCCUCUCCCGCCUCCUCUUCACCACCCUCCGCCGCCUCCGAUCCCGCUCCCUCGGCUGUUCACCCGUAGCAGUCUACCCCCACAAGGACCCCAUUCUCGGGUUGGACCUCUUCCGGGACACCUUGCGAGCCAUCAACACGCAUACUUUACUGCAACUAUGGAAUGACCGCUUCAGGAAAUAUGGCAACACGCACUACACCCUGACGUUGGGGAAAUGGGUGCUGAUGACGAACGAGCCCGAGAACGUCAAGCUGAUUCUGGGUACCAAGAUGGAUGAAUGGCCGCUUGAUGGACCAAGACUGCAUGCGGCGGUGCCGGUGUUGGGGAGGAAGAGUGUUUUUACUACUAAUGGGGCUCAGUGGCGCGAAGCCCGAGGAAUGAUUCGCCCUUCGUUCGUCAGAGACCAAGUCGCCGACCUUCACUGCUUUUCCAAACACGUUGGCAACUUCCUCAACGCCAUCCCUAAGGAUGGGUCGACCUUCGAUAUGCAGGAACUCCUGCUUUCCAUGACCAUGGACUCGUCUACCGAUUUCCUGCUCGGCUACUCCACCAACUCGUUGCUCAAACCCUCACCCGAAGCAAAGCAGUUCCUCGAGGAUUUCGAGUACACCAGCCGCGAGGCCGCCAAGAAGGCCAGGCUGGGCUCGCUUCUCCUGUUGUUGCCGAACGGCGAGUUUAGAGCGGCCGUGACAAGAGUGCGCGAGUAUGUACGAACCUAUAUAAGGAAGUCCCUGGCGGAGAAAAGUGCGAAGAAGGAACGGAAUUACGUUUUCCUGCAUGAGAUUAUCAAGGCCGGCGCCGAUGAGGAGCAUGCCAUUGAUCAAGUCUUGUCCGUCAUUAUUGCCGGGAGAGAUACCACUGCUGCGGCAAUGACGGCGUGCUUCUACCACCUCGCUCGUAACCCCGAGACUGUGCGGAAACUGAGAAAAGAGAUCCUUGAUGUGGAGGACGAGAUGCCGGCCUGGGAGCAGCUCAAGAAUAUGAAAUAUCUCAAAAUGGUAAUCAAGGAAGGCUUGCGGCUGUUCCCUCCCGCCUCCACGAACUCCAGAGCGCCAGUCAAGGAUACUGUCCUACCCCGAGGUGGCGGUCCGAAUGGCAAGCAACCCAUCCUUGUGCCCAAGGGACAAGUGGUCAGGUGGUCGUUAUACAGUAUGCAUAGACGUAAGGAUGUCUUUGGAGAAGAUGCCGAUGAGUUCCGCCCAGAGAGGUGGGAUGAGAACCUUCGGACCGGAUGGGAGUACAUCCCGUUCUCCGGAGGCCCGCGCAUAUGCCUGGGCCAGCAGUUUGCGCUCACCCAGAUCGAAUAUGCCCUCUUCAAGUUCUUCCGCGCCUUCAAGAGCAUCGAGUGCCGGGAUGCCGACGGUCCUCUGCUGCUUCGCACAAAUCUCACCGUCACCUUUGCGAAUGGUUGCUUGGUUAGUGCGAUACCCGACUCGAAGUAG